GUCCAGCACAGUGCUUCACUAGUAAAUCGAGCGAAAAAGACGUCAGCCGCUGGCAGUCCAGCUGGUUCACUGAAGUGAUUUUGACAUUUUGUAAUAUUUAUAACAUACACAAAAAGUCUUACUAUGGAGAAUGAUAUUAUCGUCUCUCUUGAAGAUUUAGGGUAUCAAGGCCCGGUAUCUGAAGAUGGGGCUCUGGAUGCAAGUGUGACCGGUGGGGCUGCUUCACCGGAGUUUACAAAGCUCUGUGCAUGGAUUGUGUCAGAGCUCAGACUUUACUGUAAACUGGGGGAGAAUGUCCACGCCACAAACUGUCCAAGCGAGGCAGAGAGCUUCCAGCUGGAGAUGAGUGGUUUGUUGUCUGAGCUGACUUGUCCUUACGCCGUCCUCACCAGUGGAGAUGUCACCCAACGCUUUCUCAACAGGAAUGACUGUCUACUGCUACUCUCGUUUUUGGUAUCCGAGCUCGAGGCUUCGAGGAUGAUCCUGGUAAACAGACCUCAGAAGACGGCCCAGGAAUCUGACAGUCCUGCCUUCCAGGAGCUGAAGGGCAUCUGCGUAGCAUUGGGCAUGUCCAAACCUCCAGCCAACAUCACCAUGUUCCAGUUAUUCAGUGGCAUUGAGAAGAAGCUGAAAAAAGCCACAUGCGGAGUACCGCCAAGUCAUAUUGGAGAGCCCCUGUUGAAGAAAGCCUUUGGACCUGUGCACAUGGAAAAGAUUGAAGUCAUCAACCAAGCACUUGUGAACGAAUAUGAAGUGCGAAGGAAGAUGCUGUUGAAACGCCUGGAUGUGACCGUGCAGUCUUUUGGUUGGUCAGAAAGAGCGAAGACGCAUGCUGAGAAGUUGGGCAAAGUUUAUCAGCCCCUACGUUCUGCCCUUGCCACCAAAAGCAAAAUCUCUGUUGCCCACCUUUUUGCAGCCCGACAAGACAUGUCAAAAAUCCUCCGUACAAGCAGUGGCAAGUCACGAGAGAAGACUGCUUGUUCCAUUAAUAAGGUUUUAAUGGGUCGAGUGCCAGACAGGGGAGGCCGUCCCUGUGAGAUUGAGCCCCCCCCUCCAGAGAUGCCAUCCUGGCAAAAGCGUCAGGAUGCCCCCCAAGGUAGCGGACACUAUGGCGGUGGGGGGCAUGGUGGUGGCAGGGGAGGUUACGAUCAUUACUCCCAAGGGCGGGGGGGCUAUGAGAGGGGCGGCGGCGAAAGGGGGGGCAGGGGAGGAGGCAGCAGAGGCGGGAGGGUGCAAGGAGGUUGGGGGGAGGGGGCGGGAGGAGGACGAGGCGGCUACAACAAGGGCCAGUAUCAAGAGGGGGUCCAUCACGGAGGAGGCGGUGCAAGAGGUGCCUAUCGAGGAAACAGCCAAGGAGCCCCCCAAGAGUCUGGCUACCACACGGGUUACCAUGACAACCACCACCAGAAUGGAGGCUGGCAUCAGGAGCGAGGCGGCGGCAGAGGAGGCAGGGGACGAGGGGGACGCGGGGGCAGAGGAGGCCUGAAUCUGAACCAAGGAGGACACUUUGAACAGUUUUUCCAACACGGCGGACAGCACUACAACCAAGCCGGCUUCAAUCAAAACCGCUACUACACCAGUUGAAGACGUGGGGUGAGACGUUGUCCUCCCCCGCGUCCUUCAUAGGCCUUAUCAAGCAAUCUCACAUUCAGCAUGUUUGACCACUCUGGAUACUUGUACAGUGGAAUGCGCUUAUGUCCAUCGUCUGAGUGGACCAACUCAUCAAGUCCCGGUGCACCGUGUUCUUAUUAAAGGGAUAGUUGGGAUUUUUGUAAAAUCCCAACUAUCCCUUUAAAAACAAGUAUCCGCUGAAGUCGACGUAAACUGAGAGCCAAAGCGGUCAUUUGUUUGAAAAAUGUCUAACCACACAGGAUUCAAACCUGCACACAGUCACUUCCUGUUCAGUGCAAAGUAAGCUGCAAAAUGUGUCGACAAACAAAAAAUGAUCUCAUUAUCUCCUCACAUUCUCCUUAUGUCUCUGAACAAAGUCACAAAUAAAAUGCAAUGCAAGCAAUGGCUAGUUUUGGUUUUUCGGUAAUGUCGGCGACGGGCUUAUGUCGACAUAAACAGCUUCCACUGUACUCGGGUACAUCAACGUACACAUGGAUGCUUAACACAUCCUGUCUAUACUGAUUUUUUUGUCUCCCUGAAAACAUAAGUUAAAAAAAUGUGUAAAAAAAAAGAGUAAAUUUUACUUACUUUUACUUUAUUUGAAAAGUACCAUCUUUUUGAAAGAUGGAAUAGAGUCAUGAUGGUACGUGCGUGUCUGACUGUCAGAGGAUCAUGGUCCGGCUCGAAGAAUUGAUCCAUAAUCGUUUCAUUAAACAGAUGCUUGAGUUAUGAUCUGUUGAAAUAAUUUAGCAGUUUUUUUUUUCUUUUGAAAGAGGUCACAUAGCAUUGCUUAUAGAAGUGUUCAAAUAAGAAAAGGAAAUAAAAUUGUAAAAAGAAAACAUUUCA